AUGGCGACCACACAGGUGGUGAAUGAAAGGACAGAAGUGGCCAGUGUGGAGGUGAUCUCUGUCACUGAAGACGACCUCCCAUCUAUUGAGCUCCCCAACACUCCGCAGAAGGUUCCCAAUAUUUUGGAAGCGAAAGUUUUGCCCACUGAGGCAGGAAGUCCAGAGAAGUCCUCUGCAAAUUGGCACGCGUUGAUGUGCAAGAAGCCGCUGCUUUUAAUAGUACUUGGUGUCGUGACUUUUGCAGUUUUGUUAAUAGUCUCUGUUGCUGUGGGCAUCACGUACAGUUGCAUUGGGAAGUUUAAGUGUCGAACCUCAUCAUCGUGUAUCUGGUACAGAGCGAGGUGCAAUGGUGUGAUGGACUGCCUGACAGGAGAGGACGAGCUGGGAUGCGUGCGGGUUAGUGGGAAGAGCUCGGUGGUGCAGAUUUACACUGGCGGCACCUGGAGGACAGUGUGCUGGGAGGGCUGGAAUGCCAUGUACGGAACGGUUGCGUGUAAACAGCUCGGUUACAACAGCUAUGUGAACUCCACCGAGCUUCCGAUCGCUUCCAUUGAAGAGAAGCUCACGCUCAAUUUUGUGGAGGUGAAUUUUAAGCGACCCAGAGAUCUAGGCUCCAGGAUACAGAUGGUCACCCUGCUGAGCACAAGGUGUCAUUCAGGGAAAGUCGCAUCGCUCAAAUGUUUAGACUGUGGCUCCAGACCCAAGUACUUCUCUCGGAUUGUUGGAGGGAAUCAGUCAACACCCGGCGAGUGGCCCUGGCAGGCGAGUCUGCACUUUGACGGGCAUCACCUGUGCGGAGGGUCCAUCAUCGCGGCCCAGUGGAUAGUGACAGCUGCGCACUGCGUUUCGGAGUUCCAGCUGCUGACAUUGUGGAGGGUGUAUGUGGGCAUCGUGGAGCAGCCAGAGACGGACAUGUUAUCACGUGCUGUAGAGAAGAUUAUUCAUCAUAAGAAGUACCGUGGAAGGACUUUCGAUUACGAUAUCGCUCUCAUAAAGCUGGACAUACAAUUGACAUUUGAUGAUCAGGUGCAGCCCAUCUGUCUUCCCAAUUCUGAGCAGGAGUUUGUAGAAGGGAAAACCUGCUGGAUCUCUGGCUGGGGUACCACGAACGAAGGAGAUAAGAUCUCGGUCGGCCUGAGGGAGGCUCAGGUGCCUCUCAUAUCUAACAAUGUGUGCAGCCGGCCCGAUGUCUAUUCCCGAAGGAUAACGUCCAGGAUGAUUUGUGCUGGAUCCCUGGAGGGAGGCGUUGAUUCCUGCCAGGGAGAUAGCGGGGGUCCUCUUGCCUGCAAGGAAAACCAUGCUUGGAAGCUGGUUGGAAUUACUAGCUGGGGAGCCGGUUGUGCAAAGCAGAACAAGCCCGGAGUGUACACCAGAGUCACCGAAUACCUGGACUGGAUCCACGAACAAAUGGAGAAAGAAGAAUCAAACAGCUGAAGGCAUGCAUUUUUGGAACAAAUACCACACGCAACAGUUCAAAGGAUUCCGGCAGGAUUUAUUUUGCGAACAUCAGCAAAA